CUUCAAGAAUAUGCCAUUAGCGUUUCGGUUGGAACACCACCAAAAGAAUUCCUUUUAGUGCUCGACACCGGCAGCUCAGACACCUGGGUUCCCUCCUCUAUUUGCACCCCUAAGGCCGGCUGUCCAUCAGAUCGAAGAUUUAACCCAAGCGAAUCUUCUACUUAUGUCCACACCAGACUCGAUUAUCAAGCCGGCUACUUAACAGCCCAAGUUAAUGGCUCUUAUUUCAACGACACUAUCACGGUCGGAAAUUUCACCCUGGAUAACCAAUUUCUAUUCCUUGUAAACGAUCAAACAGGCUCCCUUGCCGACCAGACAAGCGACAUUUUACUGGAUGGAGUGUUCGGUGCUGGAUUACCUGGCUCAUCUACCUUGUCAAAUAACCGAAACGAAACAUUCUUAACUAUCCCCAUGGAAUUGUAUGCAAGAGGUCUUAUUCCCGAACCUCUCUUUUCGGUCUUUCUCGGUCAAGCAAAAGAGUCAGCCUGGAGCGGCGAGAUCAUUUUCGGAGCCGUCGAUCAAGAAAGAGCAGCUUCUCGAAUCACCUAUAUAGAUGUUGCACAGUUCCAAGCACCUAAUGGCUACGUCUACUUCAACAACUGGUUCUCCCUGGCUUCUCAGAUUGAGGUUGGAAGCAAUUACAUCGAAGCCGAGGAAGACACAUCAUUACCCUUCUUGUUUGAUACAGGAACUGACGCCUUGGUUCUCCCAACCGAUCUUGCCGACAAAGUCGUACAAAGCCUUGCACCAGACGCUAUAAAGAAUGAUACCGUUUAUAAUGUGGACUGUUCCUACCUUGGUAACACGCGUCCAUUCCGGAUCAUCUUCCCUGGUUCACAGUUUACUACAGUAAAGCAGUCAAAGAACCUCAAUGUAACACUAGAGGUGCCAGUCAAUAAAAUGGUUACUCGCUUAGGCUCGACUUGCCAGCUCAUAAUUGAGACCAACGAUGACUCGUAUCCCAUUAUUGGCAACUUGUUCCUUCGACAUUUUAUUACCGUGUUUAAUUUUGAGGAUUAUACUAUUGGCCUUGCUCCA